AUGUCCCUGUAUGUUAAACUAGAGACGCCAGGAGCAUUCGACUUUGCGGCAUUUACACGCGCAACUCGCGGCACGUUAGCUUUACUUGCUUCCUUGCUCAAGUUCCAAAAAUGUGACCCUACUGUAUUGGGACAGAUUGAGGCCCAGGUUUCUGGAUUUGUAAAAGCAAUUAGACUGGGAACAAGCGCUGCCCAAUGCGGAUUCACCACAGCAGAAGAUAUCCUGAUUCUCUCCGAACUUGUACAAUCAACUACCCUGGAGGAGCGUCGUGAAUAUCUCAAUGGAACUCUUGAGCUCGCAGAUCAAGCCUACUCUCAAAGCAAAGAAGCUCAACAAGUAUUUAGGCAAGUGAGGACCGAGAUCAUGUCUAUUGUCGGAAAGCUCAACAGCGUGGAGACUGUUUCCAAACCCUCUAGUUCGGCGACUCGGACUUCUUUAGAAGGCCGUCUACGCGGAAUUGAAGCACUGGAUAGUUUUGAAAAGCACAUAUCAGCAUUAGCAGAUUGGUGGGACUGGAUCAAAAUUGAAACGAAGGUUCAGCGAAACGGUAGAUCUGCUAUCGUCGACUUCGAUGACUCGUCUUUAAGAGAAAGAUCCGUCAUUGAUCGAUGGAAAUUACUGCGAGUACAGUUCUUGGAUUACACCAAUAUGAGCUCUUUUCAAAAUCCUAUCAAAUUUCGACUACAUAUCAAAGACCAGAGCAGAAAGGUUACCAGGAUUCGCGACAUGUAUUUUUUCGACAGGAUUUACGUCGCGCUCUAA